AUGACAGAACAACGCAACAUCGUCGUGCUCGGCGCCUCAGCUGCAGGACUCCAGAGCACACACUACAUCAUGAAACACAUCUUGCCUGCUCUCAAGCAGAGCAAAAAAGACGCAAAGUACCACGUCUACCUCAUCAACCCUUCUUCCGACUGGUGGUUCAGGGUAGCCUCGCCCCGAGUUGCUGCUUCCACUACUCGCAUGCCGGCUGAGAAGAUCCUGUUUGAUAUUCGCCCGGGCCUCAAGCAGUACUCCAAAGACGACAUCACUUUCAUCGAGGGCACAGCUACCGGUGUCAGCGAGCAGUCGCGUGCUGUCACCUACCGACGGAGCCAAGCUGCGACAGAGGAAACCCUCCCCUACCACGCAUUGAUCGUCGCAACUGGCAGCAAGACGUACCACCAAGCCUUCUCCAUGAGUGCUGAUACCCGGACUACCCUCGACUCCAUCAAGUACACCAAUGAGAAGGUCCGUACAGCGAAAGAUAUCGUCAUUGUUGGUGGUGGACCAACCGCCCUUGAAUUCGCUGGUGAGGUCGCCGAGCACCGCAAUGGCAAGCCUGGCUUCUUCAGCAAGGUGUCGCGCAAAACAAACAUAACCCUCAUCACCGCCUCCAACAAGCUCCUCCCCGCGCUCCGCCCUGCCAUCGCCAAAGCCGCCGAGGCGAAACUGAAAGCCCUCGGCGUGGAAGUCCUCUACAACCAGCGCGUCGUCGACACCCAGACCUCAGGCGAGCACACCAUCAUCACCCUCUCCAAAGGCGACAAACUCGAAGCAGACCUCUACGUCCCCGCACACGGCGUGCAGCCAAACUCGAGCUUCCUCCCCGCGCACCUCCUCGACGACAGGAAAUACCUCAAGGUCAACGAAUCCACACUGCGCGUCGACGCCGCCGGGCCGCGCGUCUACUCCGUCGGCGACGUGGCCAGCUACUCGCGCAACAGCCUAGUCGACAUCAUCAACUCGUUGCCCGUGCUGUUCGUCAACUUGAAGCGCGACCUCCUCAGCUACAACGCGAUGCUGCCGGAUGAGAAGCCCAAGGGGAAGGACCGCCUGUAUGUGCGCGAUAACAAGGAGAUGCAGCUUGUGCCCAUUGGUUCGGGUGGUGGCGUGGGCGCGGUGAUGGGGUGGAAGGUGCCGAGUUGGUUUGUGUGGAUGAUGAAGUCGAGGGAUUUCAUGGUUGGCAUGUCGGGUGCGCCGACGGUGAAUGGGGAUUCCAUGAAGAAGGAGAUCCCAUGGACAAAGGCUGAGGCGGCGAUCUGA